AUGGACGUCUACGGCUUAUCUUCACCGGACUUGCUUCGAAUCGACGACCUUCUCGACUUCUCCAACGACGAAAUCUUCUCCUCUUCCUCCACCGUUACUUCCUCCGCCGCUUCCUCCGCCGGAUCUUCCUCGUUCCCUUCAGAAACCCCUCUUAAGUUCCCCUCUUCCGCCUCCAAUUCCUUCCACACUUGUCCUCCUCCUCUCCUCACCGAUUUCACUCAUGAUCUCUGCGUUCCCAGUGACGACGCAGCUCAUCUGGAAUGGUUAUCGCGAUUCGUCGAUGACUCGUUCUCCGACUACCCAGCGAAUCCCUUAACCAUGACCGUCAGGCCUGAGAUGUCGUUCACCGGAAAACCCAGAAGCCGGCGAUCAAGAGCCCCAGCACCUUCCGUAGCCGGGACCUGGGCACCGAUGCCGGAAUCCGAGCUUUGUUACUCCGUCGCAAAACCUAAGCCCAACAAGAAAUUCGAAGCCGAAUCGAUGACGGCGGACGGAGGCGGAGCGAGAAGGUGCACGCACUGCGCGUCGGAGAAAACGCCUCAGUGGAGGACGGGACCGCUUGGGCCGAAAACGCUUUGCAACGCCUGUGGAGUUCGUUUCAAAUCAGGGAGGCUUGUGCCGGAGUACAGACCGGCGUCGAGCCCGACCUUCGUGCUUACUCAGCAUUCGAACUCUCACCGGAAAGUUAUGGAACUCAGGCGACAGAAGGAACAACUAGAUUCGGCCGUCCAACUUCCGCCGUUUCAGCCGCAAUAA